AUGACAAAUGUCAUAGUCCACUUGCCACCCGAAGAAAAAUAUUAUUACCUACAACCCUAUCCGGAAUAUUCAUGGCACUUGAAAUCUCUAAUAUCCGAGGUGGGAAUAUUCCAACCCCCCAAUUGGCGGAAUUUAUACAAUAAAACCCUGUAUACCCAACCGGAACAUACCCCACCCAAUACUCUGAUUUUUGAAGAUGCCAAGGGCCGCAUUCGCCUCAGUGGUUUUGUGGCCCGAAUGAUAUUUUUAUUCGGUGAACAUUUCAAUGCCCAUCUGGAGAUGUAUCAGCCGCUCGAUGCCCAUAAGGCUGUGCAUUUUACCGAAAUCACCCAUAUGGUAAAGGAGGAAUUGCUUGACCUACCCAUGACCUUGGAUGCUGCGGGUAGAGGUAACUGGUGGGAUAUAUCCUAUGCUGUAUUGCUGAAUAAAGUGGCCAUUAUGGUCCCUCUCUCCUCGCAGCUGGACAUUGAUGAGGUUUUCCAUUUGCUUUUGGAUCUCCGAUUUUUUCUCAUCCUCUGUGUGGCCUCUUGGAUGUUCUCCAUACUUCUGGGACUCAUUGAUUAUUUUUUCGAGAAGAUCACCUGGAAUUGGCAUUUGUUUGAAAUAUUUCCCGGGAUUUUGGGUCAAUCAUUCAAUGAACAUUGCACCCGCCUAAUGGGUCUGAGGAUGAUUUAUCUGUUCAUUGCCAUAAUUGGUCUGAUCAUCAACACGGAGUUUGCAGCCAAGGUGAACAGCUAUUUUACCUCGCCACCCUAUCAUCGGCAAUUUGAAAAUCUCAAAGACUUGGAGGCCUCCCCCGUGAAAAUUCUCCUACAACCUGCCGAUGCCGUUAUUAUGGAUCAAUGGCUCAAGCAUUGGCAUCAGGUAGCGGUGGUUGCUGGCAAUGCUUCCGAUUUUUUUGUGAAUCGUCAAAAUUUCAACACCACCUAUGGAUAUGUGGUCCAGACCCCUCUAUGGGAUAUUUAUCAUCGUAGACAAGGAUAUUUUCGUCGAAAUAUAUUUCACAUACCCGCUGCCAUGAAUCUUCACGAUAUGAUGAUAUGGGGUAUUCCGCUGCCCACGGAUUCUCCUUAUAGGGAACCUUUGAAUUAUUUAAUACAUUUGGUCCAUGAACGGGGGUUGAUGGACGCCUGGAUUGCUGAGACUUAUGGUCAUAUGGUGAAACUUGGAUUUGUGCCGCUUCACGAUCCGAGUCGUGAGGAGGAAUUGAAGGCCCUCAAGGUGGAAGAUUUUCAAUGGAUUUGGAUAUUACAUGUCGUAGGUACUAUAUCGCACUAUAAUUGGUACAACUUGGAUUUGGAUGAACCAAUAGAGCUGUGA